GCGCUUUUCCGUGUACCUCUUGAUCAUUGGAUACCAGACCUACUGACAAACUUUUCUUAUUCAGAUAAAGCACACAUACAUAUCCUCAGUCAUGGCACAUCCAAUUCUGUCAAGUUUUGCAUCGCGCGGCCGCGGAAAGCCCUGUCCAGUUGAGAUUUACUCGAAGCGUUCGAGUAGGUGCUAAGGCCUAGAGCCCGAGGAAUCUCUGCUUUGGCUAGACCCGCCGGCUUGGUACACAAUGUUGAGGUCUACGUAGAGAACUGUGUACACAAUUUCUUUCACUCGAACGUGUCGGAAUCCCUCUUCUCUGAAAGGCGGGCAUCAUUCAACAUUUGUACUUCCUGGAUUUAUCCAUUUGUACCGUGUCGAGUUCAAGCAACUGACGUUCCGCAAGCCCCACUAUUGACUCAUCAUUCUCAAUGGUACAAACCAGUGGCUCUCCAGGGCUCUCCAUGGUAUUAGACCUUACAAGUUUUUCAAUGCUCAUCUUGGCCAGGGCAUGUCAAACGAACAGGGUCGGUCUCCGCCGACUCAUUCUGUUGCCCCUCGCGUUCGCAAGCGAUCAAGGAGAGUUCAUGGAGCAGUUAUAAGACGGUUUACUGUCGCUUUGUGGUGUAGUCUGGGCUCAGCCCGUCGAAUGUCCAUCACAACCUAUCGUCGAUUUAGGCUAUGCGAAAUACGAAGGCAUUUUCAAUGGGACCACGAAUGUAACGAGCUUCUUGGGAAUGCGCUUCGCUGCUGCUCCAAUCGGCGAACUUCGUUGGCGGGCUCCUCAGCCCCCUCAAGAUGAGAAUGACAAGGGUGUUCAAAAGGCGAUGGCUCAACCCCCACAAUGCCCUCAAGCCUUGCAAGGUGCUGCCGAUAGGAAUCCAUUCCUUGCAAACGGUACUGGUGGUCAUGGUUUGCAUAAACGUCAAUCCGCAGGUGUUGCUCCCACAGACACUCCCAUAAACGAAGACUGUUUGUUCAUCAACGUUCAAUAUCCUGGAAACACGGUACCCUCUACAAAGCUCCCUGUCCUUGUCUAUAUUCAUGGUGGAGGAUAUAUCCUUGGGGGAGCGAAUCUGUAUGACGGGACUUUCCUUAUCGAGGAAUCAAAUCAGGGAGCUAUCCUAGUAGUCAUGCAAUAUAGACUUGGCCUGUUCGGGUUCCUUGCUGGCAAUGAGGUUGAGAAGAACGGAGAUCUCAAUGUUGGAUUACUUGAUCAAUCCUUCGCACUUCGUUGGGUUAGGGCACAUAUCUCGAAGUUCGGAGGAGACCCCGAACAAGUUACACUUUGGGGAAAAUCUGCUGGUGGCGGAUCUGUAUUGCAACAGGUCAUUGCUGAGAAUGGUAAAACCAGCCCACAGUUGUUCCGAGCAGCAAUCGCCAGCUCGCCUUACUUACCUGCGCAAUACAAGUACGACGACAAGAUUCCCAUGACGCUGUACAAGCAAGUUGUUGAUGGAGUCAAUUGUACAUCCGCCCACGACACUCUUACGUGUCUCCGUCAAACGGACACCAAAGCCCUCCAGACAAUCAACAGUAACAUCAACGAGGCUGGAUUCUAUGGAAGCUUUACUUUUGUCCCCGUUGUUGAUGGAAAAUUCAUCACCCGGCGACCUACUAAGUCCAUGAGGCGAGGCAAAGUCAAUGGACAAACCCUCUAUGUCGUCUCCAACUCGCACGAAGGAGACAUGUAUGUGAAUAACGCCACCACCCCGUUGAGUGCGGGCAGCUUCGCCUCUCAACUUUUCCCAACCUUGAAGUCGAAACAGAUGGCGGAGAUUGACAGCAUGUACAAGGACUUGGGGUCUCCCCUAGACCAAGAGAACCUCCUCGUCGGAGAGUCGCUCUUCAUCUGUCCCAGCUACUUCCUCCUAGAGGCUUUCAAGGGUGCCUCCUACAAGGCUGAAUUCGCCGUCCCGCCAGCUGGCCAUUUGAAUGAUAUUCCAUAUGGUUUCCCAAGUUCCUCUGAGGCCCUCACGCCUGUUAACUUUGACAACCCCGCCUUCAUCGACUCGUUCGCACAAUCAUUUGUUUCGGUUGCAUGUUACCUCGACCCUAACGUCAAGAUGUCUUCAACGUCUAUCACCCCACCAUGGAGCGCCUAUCAUCCUAAUAAUAUUGAGAUGGUCUUCAACAAGACCGCUGAUAACCAACCCGAUAUCCACCCUGCGUCGAGUGACAUAGGGCUUUUGGAGCGCUGCAAGUACUGGCAGUCAAUUGGUCAAAUUACUGGUCAAUAAAUUAUAACGGCUCAUCUCGUUUUAUAGCCAUUUGCAUAAAUAAUGAGACUGGUCAACCAUGCAUUUUAUAUAGAAAUCAACGACACAUACCUUAUCAGUCCGGUGUCCCCUCCGGACCUUCCCAUUAGUUUGAGAAGGAGUGGAGCAGUGCCAUAAACGUAAGUGAGGGAAACCGGCGUUAAUCGGCGUCGAAGGCCGGCAGGAGAAUACUGGGCGUCCGGAAGGCGGGGAGGGCUAAGCGCACCAAAUUGUUAGAUUUCUA